CAUGCUGCGCCCGGCCGCCGCACCAUGUCACACACACAGUUACAUGAGCAGUGGAAGUAGCUGACUUCACCUACAUGACACCGACACGGUGACAGGAGCCAAAGACACCGAGCCAAAGAUCCAAACAGCGGUGAUCCUCUCUACUCAGCACAUUCACCCGGGAGGUUUAUCACACGAAACCCGAAGAGAUGAGCGGCAGUAAGAAGAUGGAGGACGAGGCGGUGCUGGACCGAGGGGCGUCCUUCCUCAAGCACGUCUGUGACGAAGAGGAGGUAGAAGGUCACCACACCAUUUACAUCGGCGUGCACGUGCCCAAGAGCUACCGACGCCGCAGACGUCACCGCCGGAGAACCAGCCACAAGGACAGGAAGGAGAGGUUGACGGAGAAUAUCUCUGACAAGUCGGACGCAGAAAACAAUGAUGAGGCCAGCAACAGCAUCCUCAAACCUCUCAUCUCGCCAGCAGCUGAGAGGAUCCGCUUCAUUCUCGGGGAGGAGGAUGAUGGCCCGGCGCCCCCGCAGCUGUUCACCGAGCUGGACGAGCUGCUGUCUGUGGAUGGACAGGAGAUGGAGUGGAAGGAAACGGCCAGGUGGAUCAAGUUUGAGGAGAAGGUAGAGAAAGGCGGCGAGCGCUGGAGUAAACCUCAUGUGGCGACGCUGUCCCUGCACAGCCUCUUUGAGCUGCGGACGUGCAUCGAGAAAGGCACCAUCAUGCUGGACUUGGAAGCUUCCACUCUGCCACAGGUUGUCGAGCUGAUCACUGACAACCAGAUUGAGAUCGGGCAGCUGAAAGCGGAGCUGAAGGACAAGGUGAUGUACACGCUGCUGCGCAAACAUCGCCACCAGACCAAGAAGUCCAACCUGCGCUCCCUGGCCGACAUCGGCAAGACGGUCUCCAGUGCAAGUAGGCUGUUUUCCAACCAGGAGAACGCCCGCAGUCCUCUUGAGAACUCUUUGACUUGCCUGUCGGGUCGAAUCUCGAUGGAGGACUUGCAUACCCAAAGGAGUACCAGCAUGGACUGGCUUAGCAGUCCCACCACAACCCACCGGAACCUGGCCUCCAGCAGCUUGAACGACAUUUCCGACAAACCAGAGAAAGACCAGCUGAGGAACAAGUUCAUGAAGAAGUUGCCCAGGGAUGCCGAGGCCUCCAACGUGCUGGUGGGGGAGGUGGACUUCCUCGACGCGCCGUUCGUGGCGUUUGUCCGCCUGCAGCAAGCUGUGAUGCUGGGAGCCCUCACGGAGGUCCCCGUUCCCACAAGAUUUUUAUUCAUCCUGCUUGGACCCAAAGGCAAAGCCAAGUCGUACCAUGAGAUCGGCCGAGCCAUCGCCACGCUCAUGUCGGACGAGGUCUUCCACGACAUUGCGUACAAAGCCAAGGACAGACAGGACCUGCUGGCCGGCAUCGAUGAGUUCCUGGACGAGGUGAUCGUGUUGCCUCCUGGAGAGUGGGACCCCGCCAUCCGGAUAGAGCCUCCCAAAUCCCUGCCCUCCUCCGACAAAAGGAAAAACAUGUAUGCAGGGGGGGAUAAUGCCCAGAUGAACGGAGAUAUGCCUCAUGACGGGGGUCACGGAGGAGGGGGACACGAUAUAGGGGAGGAGCUGAAGAAGACCGGAAAGUUUUGUGGCGGUCUCAUCCUUGACAUUAAAAGAAAAGCGCCUUUUUUUGUCAGUGACUUCACCGAUGCAAUUCACAUCCAGGCCCUGUCGGCCAUUUUGUUUAUUUACCUGGGAACGGUGACAAACGCCAUCACCUUUGGCGGUUUGUUGGGCGAUGCUACAGAAAACAUGCAGGGUGUGUUGGAGAGUUUCCUGGGCACAGCGAUCGCCGGGGGGGUCUUCUGCCUGCUGGCUGGCCAACCCCUCACCAUCCUCAGCAGCACAGGCCCCGUUCUGGUGUUCGAACGGCUGCUCUUCAACUUCAGCAAAGAUAAUCAAUUUGACUACCUGGAGUUUCGCCUGUGGAUCGGCCUGUGGUCGGGGUUCUUCUGCCUGCUGCUGGUGGCCACCGACGCCAGCUUCCUGGUGCAGUACUUCACCCGCUUCACAGAGGAAGGCUUCUCCUGUCUCAUCAGCUUCAUUUUCAUCUACGAUGCCUUCAAGAAGAUGCUUAAGCUAGCUCACCACUACCCCAUCAAUCCUGACUAUAGGAUGGAAUAUGUGACGCAGUACGACUGCCUCUGCAUGGCCCCUGCCGUCUUAGAGAACACCACAGACAUCGUCGGCGACCCUAUGGACGGCACGUCAGUCUGGUACUGGAACAACACCGACUUACCCAUGAACGCCACGUGGUCGUCCCUCUCGAAGACGGAGUGCUUGAAGUACGGCGGCGAGCUGGUGGGCAAGGCCUGCGACUUUGUCCCCGACAUCACCCUGAUGUCCUUCAUCCUUUUCUUCGGCACCUACACCUGCUCCAUGUGUCUGAAGAAGUUCAAGACCAGCCGCUUCUUCCCCACCACUGUGAGGAAACUCAUCAGUGACUUCGCCAUCAUCCUGACCAUCCUCGUCUUCUGUGGAGUCGACAUGCUGGUAGGAGUGGAUACCCCUAAACUCAUUGUGCCAAGUGAAUUCAAGCCAACAAGUUCCAAGCGGGGCUGGUUCGUGCCCCCGUUUGGAGGAAACCCCUGGUGGGUCUACCUGGCGUCGGCCCUGCCUGCCUUGCUGGUCACCAUUCUGCUCUUCAUGGACCAACAGAUCACCGCCGUGAUCGUGAACCGGAAGGAACACAAGCUGAAGAAAGGGGCGGGCUACCAUCUGGACCUGUUCUGGGUGGCCGUCCUCAUCGUGAUUUGCUCCUUCAUGGGUCUGCCGUGGUACGUGGCCGCCACCGUCAUCUCCAUCGCUCACAUCGACAGUCUGAAGAUGGAAACGGAGACGUCGGCGCCCGGGGAGCAGCCCAAGUUCCUGGGCGUGAGAGAGCAGAGGGUCACUGGUGUGUGUGUGUUCAUCCUGACGGGACUGUCUGUCUUCAUGUCUCCUAUUUUAAAGUUCAUCCCCAUGCCCGUGCUGUAUGGAGUCUUCCUUUACAUGGGAGUGGCUUCUCUCAACGGAGUGCAGUUUAUGGAUCGUCUCAAGCUGCUGCUGAUGCCGGCUAAGCAUCAGCCAGACCUGGUUUACCUGCGUCACGUUCCCCUGAGGAAAGUCCACCUCUUCACCUUCAUCCAGGUCCUCUGCCUGGCCAUGCUCUGGAUCCUCAAGUCCACUGUGGCCGCCAUUAUAUUCCCCGUCAUGAUCCUCGCCCUCGUGGCCGUCAGGAAGGCCAUGGACUACCUGUUCUCUCAGCAUGAGCUCAGUUUCCUGGAUGACGUCAUCCCGGAGAAGGACAAGAAGAAGAAGGAGGAUGAGAAGAAGAAGAAGAACAAGAAGCGGGGCAGCAUCGACAGUGAUGUUGAGGAUGAGACAAGUCCCCCUCCUUCCUUGAACGCCACACAUCGUGCUGAGCAGCUCCGCUUCUACAAGGCCAACUGCUUCUCCAGGUCAGAGAUGAGUCCACUGAAGUCUGUGCCUCAGAUUAGAAUAGAAAUGGACCCAGACGAUGAAGAUACGUACUACUGGAGAGGCAGAGGCUCUGAAACUACUCUGUAGAGCGUCCAGCCCGCCGCCUGCUCCCCUGCCUCACAUGUCCUGGACCACCAACGGGGGAAAAAAAAACCCUUUUUUUCCUUCCUCUUUUCAAAAAAACACUCUUUCUAAAAUCCAUUCCAUGAUCAUAAGACUUUGUUCUGAAUUAUAAAAAAAAAGGGAAUCUUUGAAGAAAAGAAGAGCGGAUGGACGCGCAGGAAACACUGAAGAAUUUUUUUUUCUAUGAACUUUUCUUCCCCGCAGUUUUUUCCUUAGUUUUUGUUCUCAUGAUUCCACUAUAGAGGGUUUUUGUGACUGACUAACUUGGAAAAAAACAAACAAACAAACAAACAAACAAACAAAAAAAAAACACUGAUCAAUGUAAUUCCUUACUACUCUUCUAUGCAAUUCCUCCCACAUAUCACUGAUUGAUAGCAAAUGCUGCAGCUCUCUCUGACCACGCAUGGAGUGCCCUCCCUGCUCUUUUUAUAUCUAUCACCUGUCUGAAUUUUUAUAUUUAAAUUCAGUUACUCUAAUGACAUUUUCCUGUAGCAGGAAAAUAAUUCUUUUUCAUAGCUCUACCUCUCGUUCUAGAUACAAAGCUCAUUAUGAAAAAAAAAAAUGUAACGUUGAUUUUUGAUGCAGCAUGGGUGUUUUGAUAUCAUCACUUUUCUUUCUUUUCUUUUCUAGAAAACGUUUAGUUGAAACUGUUCAAGAGAUUAAUUAUAAAAUACAUGCGUGCAAAAGAGAGAUACAAAUGGAAACGUUAAUUAACAUAGUUAAUUAACAACGUGUAUGUUGGUUUUUUUUUUUGUUGGGAUAUAAAUAUUUUCAUUUCAUUUCUUUUUUUUUGAUGCAGUUUUGAUUGCGACAACUUCUACUCUUUCUAUUAAACAUUUUGUGAAUCUUUCACACGUUCACUCGGAAAAUUUUGUUACUUUGUUAAACCGAAAUCAUGCGUUUGUUUUCUCUGUAAUGACUUGUGUUGUGCAUGUUGGUAACCGUGUUUUUUUUUUUCCUUUCUUGUGUCCUUUCUUUCUUUUCCUUUUUUUUUUUUUUUUUUUUUGGAGUAGAAAACCGUCCUGAGAUAAAUAAUCAUCCGACUUUUCCUCAGCCAAACUUAAACUCUACUAGGAAUGCAUAUCAUGUAAUUGCUUGUGCUGCACAAAACACUUUACCUAAGUGGCUUAUAAGAGAAUGAUCUAGACUGAAAUCCAUACGGCAAUGAUCUGACAAAGGGAGAACGAGAAGGGAAUCAAAAUCUUCGGAGCGGGACGGCUUUGGGUCCCUCGGUCCACAGCAAUCGUAUUUCUGUGCUGUCUCAGUUGCUGAUGGAAUAGUCGAAUGUGAAAAUGGGAUCACCUGUUUGUGUGUGUGUGUGUGUGUGUGUAUUAUAAAACAUCCACUUUUUUUUUUUUUAGUAUCUAAUCUAAAUCUGUAUAUAUGGGGCAGAAGAUGCUACCCAGUGCUCCUCCAGAGUCAGUCAGUUUUUCCACUUGCAGGUAACUUGCAUUUCCUCCAGAGUGAUGCCUCUGAGGUCGGUGCCGAGGAGGAGGAGGAGGGGGGGUGGGGUUUGUGGCUCCUUUGACUUAAAAAAAAAAAAAAGACAGCAUUUCCCACAGGGCAAGACGCCGAAAUGGCUGCUGUGCUGUUGCAAAAUCCCCACUUCCCUGAAGCAAAAACACUAACGCACUUUCUCGCUUGGAUUUCACGGUGAACCUUGUUCUGUAAAGUCCAGGCGGGUCACGGCCGUGCAGGUACAAACGUAAUGUGAGUUAACUGGAAGUUUCCACUGUCCUCAGCACCACUGCAGACCAACUCUGUGUGUGUAUGUGUGUGUGUGUUUGUGUGUGUGUGUGUGUGUGUGAGUGACCUAUGAGCCGCCUUCUUCCUUUGUAAAUCCUGUACAUAUAGAGGCAUGUUGGCACACACCAAAAUGCAACAAGUUACUUUUUACCGUCAUGGUCAUUGUGUUUAAAUUUCUUUUCUUCUUCUUUUUUUUUCUUUUUUUUUGUUGCUGGUUUGUUUGUUUCAGAUUAUCGACACAUUGACAUAAAUAAUGGUGUAAUUUAUACUCGACAUCAGUGUUUUAGCCAUGAACAGCAAAGAGUGGAAACAAGUGUGACUUAUGUCUGGGACAUAUUUUUCUGGGAGUUGCUAGUCUGUUGUGUAAAAGCAUGUCGAACAAGAUCUUUAACAU